GCCCUCUGAUUGGCCGACGCCGGCUGGUCGGCGAAGCAGCAUCUUGCAGCUCGCGCUGUGCCAGCUGUCCUCGCGCACUCGGCUGCUGCUGGGCAACGGAGAGCGACGGUGUCCGGCUGGGGACGAUUCUGGAAACGGGAAGGAAAAUAAAAAAGGACUAUGGCUGCCAACAUGGGGUCCAUGCGUAUCCUCAUCAAGGGAGGGAAGGUGGUGAAUGACGAUUUCACCCAUGAAGCGGACGUCUACAUUGAGAAUGGCAUCAUUCAGCAGGUUGGAAAAGAACUGAUGAUUCCGGGCGGGGCGAAGGUAAUUGACGCGUCCGGAAAGCUGGUGCUGCCGGGCGGAAUUGACACCAGCGUGCAUCUGCAGCAAACCUUCAUGAACGCCAGCAUCCAGGACGACUUCUACAGUGGGACCAAGGCGGCCCUGAUGGGUGGCACCACCAUGGUGAUGGCCCUGGCCCUGCCUGAGCAGCACUGCUCCCUGCUGGACGCCUACGAGAACUGCCGAGCUCUGGCGGACGCCAAGGCGUGCUGCGACUACGCCCUGCACGUCGGCGUGACCUGGUGGGGACCAAAGGUGCGUAACGAGAUGGAGACCCUGGUGAGGGAGCACGGGGUGAACUCCUUCCAGAUGUACAUGGCCUACAAAGACAUGAUGAUGCUGAGAGACUCGGAGCUCUACCAGACGCUGCAAACCUGCAAGGACAUCGGCGCCAUCGCACGCGUCCACGCCGAGAACGGGGAGCUGGUGGCGGAGGGUGCCAAAGAGGCUCUGGAUCUGGGCAUCAGUGGACCAGAGGGCAUCGAGAUCAGUCGACCAGAGGAGUUGGAGUCUGAGGCGACCCACCGAGCCGUCACCAUCGCCAACAGGGCCCGCUGCCCGAUCUACCUGGUGAAUGUGUCCAGCGUGGCUGCCGGAGACAUGAUUGCUGCUGCUAAGAUACAAGGUAAGGUGGUUCAUGCAGAGACCACAGUGGCUCACGCGGUGCUGAACGGGAUGCAGUACUACCACCAGGACUGGGCUCACGCCGCCGCCCACGUCAUCGUCCCUCCUCUCCGCCUCGACCCCAACACACCCAGCUACCUCAUGGGCCUGCUGGCCAAUGACUCUCUGAGCGUGGUGGCUUCAGAGCACCGUCCAUUUAGCACCAAGCAGAGAGCGCUGGGCAAAGAGGACUUCACCAAGAUCCCCCAUGGGGUGGCUGGAGUCCAGGACAGGAUGAGCGUCAUCUGGGAGAGGGGAGUGGUCACGGGAAAGAUGGAUGAGAAUCGUUUCGUGGCAGUGACGAGCUCAAACGCCGCCAAGAUUUACAACCUGUACCCGCGCAAGGGCCGCAUCAUCGUCGGAGCCGACGCCGACGUGGUGGUCUGGGAUCCAGACGCAGCGAGGACGAUCUCCGUGAGCACGCAGGUGCAGGGCGGAGACUUCAACCUGUACGAGGGCAUGCGCUGCCACGGCGUUCCCCUGGUCACCAUCAGCCGCGGACGGCUGGUGUGCGAGAACGGUGUGUUCAUGUGCGCCGAGGGAUCUGGGAAGUUCUACGCGCAGCGCACUUUCCCUGACUACCUCUACAAGAAGAUGGUGCAGCGAGAAAAGACUCAGUCUUACAAAGGAGUUGACAGGGAUCCGUACUCCGGCGACGUGGCCAAGGUGGCGAACACUCUGAAGAAGGAGCUCGGUUUGGGCCCGAUAGAUGGAGACGCGUCCAACAAGUCGUGUCCUCGGGCGCACCAGGGGGUCCGAGACCUCCACGAGUCGUCCUUCAGCCUCUCGGGGUCGCAGGUCGACGACCACAUCCCGAAGAGGUCCUCAGCUCGGAUCCUGGCCCCUCCCGGCGGCCGCUCCAGCGGUAUCUGGUAAAUCGCUGAUGCCGAUGACCUCGUAACCGUCCGAGCCUCCUGUGUUUUGUAUAUUUUUGAGCAACCAGGAAAAACUGCACUGAUUUUUUUAAUCGCAGAAUUUGCGUUGAGGGGCGGAAAAUAAAAUCCCAGCACCCAAGUGACCAUUUGUGAUUUGCCAAAGUGACAAAUCUAAUUUGUGUCUCAAUUGGAGCGACUGAUCUGAUAAAUUACACGAGAGUGAAGGGCUACAAUAUGAAUUUAAAUGUUUUUGCCAAAUUCAACCUGACCAUACGAACGCUGAUAAAGUCUGCUCAUCAUCACCCUGCUCGUAUCCCGUGACGAAAAAAAACAAAACAACGAAACAAGCUGUGAAAGAUCAAAACCAGUACAGUUUUUGAUGGUUUCAACUGAAGUGAUGUCGACCGAAUUAUAAAAAAUAAAAAAAAACUGUAGAACUUGAUUCAGUGACAUAUCUAUUAUACCCCCCAUCACACACACACACACAAGCAUACAGUUCACUGUUAGACACCAUAGCUUUAGACUCAUAAUGACGACGAUGUGUGUGGAUUCUGUUUGUGUUGAAACCGCCCCGCCGCGCUCGGCUUCCUGCCGCCAAACCGUGGGUUUCCUCCUCUAACAGUGUUUGUGUUUCCAAUGGACGAACCGACCGUGUGUGGUGAUGAAAUCCGACUGCUCUGAACACAUUUCACUCUCUUAUUAGACCACAACCCAUCCUUACACUCCACAUCCCAUCCUUACACUCCACUGCCUCUCGACUGAAACCGCACAUUUUUCCAGAAACUUCCCACAGUCUCACCUGCGACGCAGCAGGACCUGGAGACCUGUGGGGUUUACUGUACCUCUCAGGUCCCACAACAGCUAAAUGUGGUGCACUGCUGUCAUGGAAACGUCAUCUCCGUGGUGCUAAAACCCUGAGGAGUUCAGGAAGUCAGAAGUUCAGUGUCUUUUGUUUGGGAAAAAUAAAAUGGGAAAUGUUGUAAGAGCGGCUGUUGUCUCCUCGGAGCAGGAAGGUUGAGCUGCACAGGCUGAAGAGAAAAACCACUGGUCUCAUUCCUGCCUCACAGUAUUAUAUUUAUACACGUCUCCUUGCCUGUGUACUAUAUAUAUAUAUAGGAUGUUUGUUUUCAUUUUUAGUUGAAAGAAUACAAUGUGCCAAUGUGAAUCACCCGUGCCACACGACACCCAUUGCAUGAAGAGCACCGCGUGGAGACGGAGGAUUUGUAGUCUCCCCCUGAACGACACAGGUUCACAACAACUGGUGCUGUUUUUGUUUUUUUAACGAUAACCCGCAACAGCGUUAUUUUAUUGUUGGAUGGAUUUGUUGUUUUGAAGGCACCGUUAGCGGUCAGUGGCUGUGUGUGUUUGUAGACUCUUGUUGUGUUGGACAGUGAACCUGUUGAAUCUGUAAGUGGCUGCUUGUUUCUUACCACAAGAAUAACUGCAAAGAAUAAAGUGAAAACAAAACCA